AUGGAGCUGUUUGUGGGCACAUUCAACUUCCCGUAUAUAUACACCCUCUCCUUCGACGCCCGCCUUGCCCAUCUCAACGUCACGCACGUCAGUCAUGCGACCGGUCCUCACGCAUGGCUUUCCUUUGCGCCAAACCAAAAGACUCUGUACGCAGCAGCGUGGGAUCCCUCCAGCGUGGCAGCCUACAGAAGCCAACGCGAUGGUCCGUUCCAUACCCUCGAGCUGUUGGACACCAAGCCGGUAGCCAACCCGCCCGGUUACGUCGUCGCUUCCGACUCGUACCUGUACAGUGUUGGCGGCGCCACUGGCGAGGCAUUCCAUGUAGACGGCGACGGCGCCCUGGGCGACCUAGCACAACAGCUUGAAUUUACUACCGGCGGCGGCACGAAUGGCUCCGAGCCCGGCGGGAGUGGCGGCGCUGGUCUUCGUUUCGGAGCGCACGGCGUCGAUCUGAGCCCCGACGGCCACACGCUGUACGUCGGAGACAUUGGAUCGAAUGCCGUGUGGACGUUUUCCGUUUCCGAAGAAGCCAAUGGAUCGUCUGCCGCUCUCACAGACCAGCAGAAGAACAGGGUGACGAGGGAGGACGACGGACCGCGACACACCUGGCCCCAUCCAAACGGAAACAUCUUGUACGUCAUCCAGGAGCACGCAAACAUGGUGGAUGUGUUCCGAGUGAGCAAGCACCGUGACGGAACUGUAGAGGACCUGGAGCACCUCCAGGGCGCGAGUGUUUUGCCGCCAGGCAAGAAUAUAUCCGACUACUGGGCGGAUGAGGUCCGGUUCUCGACCGGACCGCCGGGCCACAUCCCUAAAUACUUGUUUACGUCCACCAGGGCCCAUAAUGCCAGCCUCAAAGGUUACGUGUCGGCUUUUGAAUUGGAUAGCAAAGGCCACUUGGUGCGUACGGAGGCUAUUGACCGCUGGGAGACUCCGACGAGCGGAGGCAUAGCCAACGCGAUUGAGCCCGCGCCGUGGGUGGCUGGAGCUUCUCCCAAUGUUCAAUACCUGGCCAUGACGGAUGAUGCCGCUGGCAAGGUCUAUAUCCUUGGCUUUGACGGGGCCCGUAUCCGGGAGGUGAGUGAGGCGACUCUUGAAAUACCUGCGCCUGACAGGGAGAAAUUCAAUGGUACGGUUCGAGCCGCCACGGCCGUGUGGGUGGCGCCUGUUCGGGGGCCGGCAGAAUGA